AAUGCAGAUAACGAAAGUCGAUCUUUCUCGAUCGCAUUUUCUUCCGAUAUCUGAUCUUUUCAAUUAUUUUUGCCGAGUGGAACGGAUACAAAGAUGUUUUAUACUUUUUGAUAUCUAUACAAUUGAUAGCUGUAUAAGCAACUAUGAUACGUAAGUUACAGAUGCAACAAAAGAAAGAAGAAUGACACCACAAUCUUUUCUAUAUUUUUAUAAUAUUCCAAAAAAAGAGAAAAAAUGAAACAUCCGUAGAAUUACCGCAUAAGUUUAUCGUACGGAAUAAUCGUCGAGAAAUGAAACGUACUUCCACGCAUGGGUUACGCCAGCAGGAUAUUCUGACCAUAAGCCUCGUCUCCCAUUGACGAACUUGAAACGCAAUGCAACGCUUCGAGUCCAGUCAGUCGACGUUAUGGUCGUUGAGCGAUAAUCGAGUAUAAUCACUCACGGUUUUUGAUGGUAACGUUUAUGCGUUCAAAUAUAUUUCGACGCUAAGCUCGAUAACGAGGACGUCACUCAUCGUAAAAGGCGGUACGAAAGAACUGUCCAUCUUCAUCGAGAAAGAGAGAGAGAGAGAGAGGGAGAGAUAGCGAGAGAAAAAAAAAGAAAGAGAAAGAGAGACAAGCGUAAACGAAAAGGACGUGGAGACACGGAUGAACGAAAUAGUUCGACUUUCGUGGUGCUCGAUCUCAAUCAUGUUUGGAGAAUCGGACGGUUCGUAAAGGAAGAGCGAAGAGUAGAUUACUAUCUGAGGUAGUCUCGAGAGAAAAUACGAUCUUCAAUUUCGGAGCCUUCGUAAGAAAUCGUAACGAAUGAGAUCUCUGAUCGAAGCGAAGGAAGAAGGGAAAUCGAUUUUCUUAUCCCCUUUUUCACCGUGAGUCUUAACAGUUAACGAGUUUUUAUUUUCUUAAUUGAUCGAUACAGGACGGAGGAUAGAGUAAAUCUUUGUAAAACCUUCGGAAACUAUUUGUACUGAUGUAGUAAAUAUAUGUACGAACGAUUGAAACGAUAAAACCAUCAAGGAAAUAUGUCGUGCGUUAAAAAUAUAUCAAUAACGGCGCUUACAUUGCUAUUAUCAUUUACCUUGGUGACUUCCAUUAGCAAAGAGUGUAAAAUCGAUAAUAAACGCGUUACAUGCCAGUGCGACGGGACUCAGAACUUGUAUCUACCGGACGAGUACAAUUACAAGAACGUGACGAGUCUAAGUUUAUCCUCGUGCUUGACGGCAAGUCUACUCUUCUCCAGUUUCACCGAGGCGAAUCAAAUCGAGGAACUCGUUGUGAAGAACAUCAGCGAACUUCUUACUUUAGAAUUGUUUCUUAAUACGGUUGAAUUGAAACGAUUCGAAUUGACGAAUAUAAAGAGAAUACCGUUUGUCAAGCACGACACGUUCUUGAACAUAAGAAACAUCGAACACUUCGAGAUACGAAAUGUUCACAUCGAUUAUUUCGAAGAACAGUUUAUGGCAAUUAAAGUGAACCACUUUGUUAUGGCUAAUGUUACGAUAUCACGUAUAGAAGGAUUCAAUCUCUCAGAGAAGGGUGUAACUUUACAAAUUAGCAAUUGCGAAUUUCGAAACGUCUCGACGUCAUUAAACUUUGGACACUUCUCCAAAGUGGAGAUUGUUAAUUCGAAAUUUGAGUUGCAGAAAUCAGGACACCUUUCCAUUGAGAGCGACGUAGCGAUAGUUCGAGACAACAUUUUCUUUAACGUCAGCAUGAAUCUCUUCGCUGCGAAUAAUAUAACGAUAAAUAGCACGUGUGCGGAUGGUAAAAGUUCUCUCAGACUGUCGUCGAAUAAAAUCGAGAGUUACGGUAAUCGACUGCCCACAGCUAUCAUUUACACCAGAGGUCAACCGUCAAACGAAUCGGAAAACGUUUCGAAGAGCAACAACACCAUAUGCAAAGCGGGCAAUUGCAAGUGUCCAAAAAGCAAUGGGCAAAAUGCAAAUCGACCGAUCACGAUCGUAUGUUUCCUCGAGAUACUUUUGCUUUUCACGUAUUCGACAGUUCGAUCGUAAUUAAUUCGAUCAAAGAAUCAAUAUAAUCAAAAAUCUACAUAACUUAGUUUAUUCGAAAUAUACAAAAUUCUAAAAAUGUCUAAUAAAUAUCAGUAUUACUAUAUGUAAAAAUAUUUUACUAUAAAAACAUUGUUAUUAGGAACUAUUUUAUUAUAUACGAUUAAUUAGAAAUUAUGUGCAGAAUACACUUUAGGCGGGAUAUAACGUUCCGUGAAAAUCAGUGCAUUGCGGAGCUAUGAAACGAUCUUUUCGUUAUUUUGUAUUACCGUAUUAGAUCUCACCCACAUAUUCAGCGAGUAUCGUCAGUAAUCUAUGCGCUUUUAUUAUUUAUGCAUCCGUAUCGGUCCACACUCCAGAUGCUUCCAUUUGCAAAUCGAUAGCAGUGGAAUGAAGCGAUAACGAGUCUUUUAAGUCAUUAAUCUCUUGUAACAUCAGUCUGUUAUUUUCUUCUAAACGGCAUAUCGUUUGUUUAUACAACAUUACUUCUUUGUCAUGAUCAGUCUGUACCUUUUGUAUCACUUUGUCUUUGGGUAUAUAUGUACCUACAUGAAAGUACAAAGAAAUCAUUGAAAUACGAGUCAACGAUAAUUAUAGAAUGUGAUAGUAAAUUCUGAAACUAUAUGAACCGGUAGAUUUCUGUAACUGUUCCCGUAGUUUAUUACCGCUCUGUAUAAUCCUUCUUAAUUCGUGUUCGUGUUGACUAUCCUUUGAUAACGAUUGCUUCUUUAACUUAGUUACCUAUGGUUUAAGAUUAAGCCGUUAUAUUCUCAAUUUAUUAAAAGUAACCAAGUAUAACUCGUGA